AGCAACCAAGUCUGUUGAAUAGUAUUUUAUCUGCGGCCGGCGUCGACCAUGGCGGGCAGGGCGUUUCCUGGACAGCUUCCCAUGCUAUAAGAGACACAUUCUACGAUUUCGCAUCCGCUACUACAAGUUUCGUCCCAUACGUCUUGCUCGGUCUUCACUGGUCUUUGCAGUACACAGUUUUGUUCAACUGUUCGCAUCAAUUUGUUCUAGAAGACAGCCCUCCACCAUCUGUUACACUGCCUGUCAAUUUCUAACCCACCUAGACGACACACCUACAAGGAGAAGAUAUCCAGCUACCUAAUGGCAACUCCAUUCUAUACGUUCAACUCCUCUGGCACUAGUAUCAACUAUUCGUGGCCUGAAGGUCUCACAGGACUUGAGCGGAUUGCUCUAGCUUCCCAAGGUGACCUUCAACGCGUGCUCAGUGCCUUCUUCGCGCGGUCCAUACAAAUAGUCCUCGUAUAUUCCCAUACCCAACUCACUCUAUCUCCCGACCUUCCCAAGGUCACGCUCGAGCUCCCGAAUCCCCAAGUCCUAGACUCCGUUUCGCCUGAACAUCCGAUAACCCAGACGCGGAAAGUCCUUCUACGAUGUGCGGGAAAGACCGUAUGCACCGCGACCUCCACCAUUCACAUGAAAUCCCCGCGUGCCGCCCAUCUCGUUCUCAUAGAUAAAUACCCCAUUGGGCAGACAUUCCUCAUGUUGGGGCGACAGCCUGAUUUUGAACUCUUGUCAGUGGAAUUUGGUAGAUUCACGGAUAAAGAGGAGGAGGAGGAUGCUGAAGGAGAGCAACUAUGGAGAAAAUACCGCCUCUCUGUAGAGAGCUUCGAGGCAGAGAUUUUGGAGGUAUUUCCGUCCCGUGACAUGUUUAGUCGCGGAACAGACUGGUUAUUUGACUCACCAGAAUCAGGCCCCCAGUCAGAAUUUUGUGUCGUUUCGCAGAUAUGGAUAACGUUCAUCCUUUUCGUUGUACUUUUCAUGGUGCUUGUUGCCAUUAGCCUCUCAUUUACGAGUAUACCUGCGGACUUUGUCUAA